AUGAAAUUCACGGCAGUUCUACAGGAUUCGAAUGCCAUCGAAUCAUUUAUUCGAAUUGUGAAUGCCACGUGUCGACUCGGCAAAAAGCGAUGUUGUAUGAAAAUGCAGAAGGAUGGUGGGUUUUUUAUUGGGCGGGGGUGGAAUUGCGGAGUGUCGUUGGGGAUAAUCUAGUUUUAAUCGAAAAAUUUCGAAUAAAGUUUCAUUUUUCUGUUUUCUUAUCUAAAAUGACCAAAACGUGGUCAGAAUUCACUAAAAACUUGUAAUUUUCAAAAAUAUCUUGCAGGCCUCAGUUUCAUAAGUUGUGCAAGUCUUCAAGACGGCGGAACAUGGUUCUCAAUCUUCAUCCCGUGCAAUUCUCAACUAUUCCGUCGUUUCGAAGUAGUUGGCCUAAAUCCACGAAGCCCUGAUCAAAAUUUCAUCUACUUGGAAAUCGACAUGGACAAUCUUGUGAAUAUUAUACCCGGCGGACAUUGUUAUAUGAAAAUCAAAUUGUCGAAAAACACGGCCGACGAACCUGUGUUGAUUUUAGAGGUUCGCAAUCCGGACAGUGAUGUUGUUAUCCAUCAAGUUCCGAUUAAUGUAAUCCUAUCGAGAUAUUGGUCGAAUUAUGCGAGACCAACUGUGGGACAUAAGAAAAUGAGUAUCUUUUUGCCACAGCCAAGAAAUCUAUCGAAAGUUGUGAUUGGAUUGAAGAAUAUGAAUGCGAAAAUUAUUGUGAGUCUUUAAAAAGAUCUAGAUUUUCUGAUAAUAAAUGUUAUAUUUUCAGAAAUUCACUGCUAGUAGCGAAGGUGAAAUGCGUCUUUCGAGUUCUGUGGAACAUGGCGAAAUCGACGCACUUUUCACCGAUUUGCCAACAAAUAUUGCAGAAUCUGAUAGUCAAGAAGAAACUGCAAGCGUUCAAAUUGUCAUCAAAUCGAUCUCCACAAUGUUCCAAUCGUUCGCUUUUCUCAGAUCACCGGUUAAAAUGAGUGAGUUAGCCUAAUUCCAGAUUGAUCCUCCUAACAACCCUAUAUUCUAUAAUUCAGAUAUCAUCUCACAUCGAAUGGCCGAAUUCUCAAUCAAUUCCGAUGAUUGUACAGUUUCUUAUAUUGUUGGCAACAUUUCCGAAUAA